CGGGGAGGAGGGGUGCGGGCGCCGCCGCCGCCGCCGCCAAAAUGGCGUACCAGACCUUCCGCCAGGAGUACCUGCAGGUGCCGCCCGUCACCCGGGCCUACACCACCGCCUGCGUCCUCACCACCGCCGCCGUGCAAUUAGAAUUAAUCACACCAUUUCAGCUGUAUUUCAACCCAGAAUUGAUAUUUAAGCAUUUUCAAGUAUGGAGGCUAAUCACAAACUACCUUUUCUUUGGACCGGUUGGGUUUAAUUUUCUAUUUAAUAUGAUCUUUUUAUACCGCUACUGUCGGAUGCUUGAGGAAGGAUCCUUCCGCGGCCGAACGGCAGACUUCGUGUUUAUGUUCCUUUUUGGUGGGCUGUUGAUGACUACCUUUGGCUUGUUCGUCAACUUGGUUUUCUUAGGACAGGCAUUUACGAUAAUGCUGGUGUACGUUUGGAGCCGCAGAAAUCCUUUUGUCCGAAUGAACUUUUUUGGGCUGCUCAUCUUCCAGGCCCCGUUUCUCCCGUGGGUUCUUAUGGGAUUUUCACUCUUGCUGGGGAACUCCAUUAUUGUGGAUCUCCUGGGUAUUGCUGUGGGACACAUAUAUUUUUUCUUGGAAGACGUCUUUCCCAAUCAGCCAGGUGGAGGAAGGCUUCUGAAAACACCCUCAAUUCUGAAAGCAAUAUUUGAUAACCCAGAGGAGGAUCCCAAUUACAACCCACUGCCCGAGGAGCGACCCGGGGGCUUUGCAUGGGGCGAAGGCCAGCGCUUGGGAGGCUGAAGAGAGACUGGUUGGCUAGUAACUGACAAGAUACUUUUUUGCUGUGGGGAGAGAGACUGGACGAGGAAACCAUCCUAGAUUUCCACCUGCCUCUUGUGGAUAAAGGACGGUUUGACAGAUUUACUAGCGUGAACUUUAAGGAAGCACUUUUUCUAUAAAGGGACAGAACUUGGAUUCUGCUCGCAAGACCUCUUCCAGGAAAAAAUGACCUGAAAGCCUGAUCUUUCAGGGUUUGCCACGGCGCCUUUGUUGCAUUACUCAGCUCAGAACAGAAUAUUCUCCCAGCCACAUACAACUGAAAAUGGAACUUUCUCAGCUCAUCUAAUGAAAUAAUCAGUUAUUGUGUAAAAAAAAAAAGAGAGAGAUGGUAAUUCAAAGGCCUUUUUCUCCUCAAUUUCAUUCAAUGCAGGACUGGAGAACUUCCGAAGAUCAAUAAAACUUUUGAUGUUGAUUUUC